GUUAGAUUAAACACGCGCAGCUGACAUUCUCAUUGCGCGGGUCUGUCAAAAAAUAUCUGCCCCAUUAACGUAUCCAGUCAACGCUUCAGCUACUGCUUGCAAUGAUUAUAUAGCUUUUUAUUAAUGUCCGGAUACAUUUUGUGAGAGGAGAUAACCGGUAUGUUGUAUGCAACAGUUCUUAUGUUCCCAGAAACUCAGGCGUUAAGCGACAGUCCAUAAAUUGGAUUAGCGCUCAGUAAAGCCACCAGUGAAUGGUAGUUUAGCAAACUUGCUAGCUAGUUAGCUAAACGGAGUGUUGAGAGUGAAAACUUGAAAAUAGAUGUAUGGCAGGACGACAAACGGAUGUGAUUUCCACCUAACGUUAACCGACAUUAGUGGUUAUGUAGACGAUUCCAGGUGUGUCGUCCUCGAUUUUAGGGUGUGCUAACAUUAGAUACAUAACAAGGUUAACCUCUUUAGCUGCUAUCAUCUCGUGCAUAAGUCAUUAACGGGAGGUCAUCAACAUGGACAGUUAUAGUCAUCGGUUUGAAUCCACUACCGGACGAGACAGUAAACCUCAAAAAAAGAAGGGUUCUUCCAACCACAACACAUGUUACGAUGAUGGAGACCGCAAACCAAAAUUUCUGGACAGAUUUGCCAGUAUUCGGAUUCCGGGUAGUAAAAAGGAGCGGCCACCCAUAUCACACUCUAAACACACUACUAAUGAUUGGUCCACUUCGUCAUCUUCCACCUCACAUCAGUUUGAGGAUCUUUCAUCAAAGAUCACGUCGGAAAAAGAGAUCUUGGCUCUGUUUGAAAAAAUGAUGGAGGACAUGAACUUGAAUGAGGAAAAAAAGACUCCUUUGAGGGAAAAGGACCUCAACAUGAAGAGAGAAAUGGUCAUCCAGUAUGUUUUUACUGCCUCUAAAACUGGUAGCUUGAGAAGCAGUCAUCAGAUAUCUCCCCAGGAGUUCCUGGGAGAGCUGAAGUCGGGGGUGAUGGACGAACGUCUUUUUGCCUGUCUCGACUCAUUGAGGGUAUCCCUUACCAGCAACCCUGUCAGCUGGGUGCAGAGCUUUGGGCACGAGGGUCUUGGACUGCUGCUGGACAUUUUGGAAAGGUUGUUGUUCAAGAAACAGCAAGAGAAACUUGACAAAAAGAAUCAACAUAAAGUUGUCCAGUGUCUCAAAGCCUUCAUGAACAAUAAGUAUGGCCUGGAUCGAAUCCUGGGAGAAGAGAAAAGUCUUGCGUUAUUGGCAAGAGGCAUCGAUCCCACCCAGUCUGCCAUGAUGACUGACGUGGUAAAGCUGCUGUCAGCCAUCUGCAUUGUGGGCGAAGAGAACACUUUGGAAAAGGUCCUUGAAGCCAUCACCACAGCAGGGGAAUGGCGAGCCAUCGAGAGGUUCAGUCCCAUUGUGCAGGGACUACGAGAUCGCUCGGUUCAAUUACAAGUGGCAUGCAUGCAGCUCAUCAAUGCACUAGUAACGUCCCCUGAUGAGCUGGACUUCAGGCUGCACAUCAGAAAUGAAUUUAUGCGCUGUGGCCUGAAAGAGAUAUUGCCGCAACUGGCAACCAUCAGGAAUGAAGCCCUUGACAUUCAGCUAAAGGUAUUUGAGGAGCACAAAGAAGAGGACAUGAUGGAGUUCUCCCAUAGGCUGGAAGACAUCAAGAGCGAGCUGGAUGAUGUUGGGGAUGUGUUCAGUAUUGUGCAGAGCAUGGUGAAGGACAGCAAUGCGGAGCCCUAUCUCCUCUCUAUACUGCAGCACCUGAUGCUUAUACGCAAUGACUACUUGGUCAGGCCGCAGUACUUUAAGAUCAUUGAGGAGUGUGUGUCUCAAAUUGUGCUCCACCGUAGCGGCACUGACCCAGAUUUCAGUUACCGCAAGCGCCUAGAUGUGGACUUUUGCCACCUCUUAGAGGUGUGUGUAGAUAAAGCGCGGACUGAUGAGUAUGAACAAAGAGCUUCAGAACUGGCACAGAAGUUUGACGAGGAGUUUCUAAGCAGACAGGAGGCACAAGCUCAGCUGGUUCAGUGUGAUGAGAAAAUAGCUGAACUCCAAGCAGAGCUGCAGGCCUUCAGGUCCCAGUUUGGGGCUGUCCCGGUGGGUCUGUCCUCUCCCCAUGUUGGACAGGCGUCAUCUUCCUCACCGUUAACGUCUGGGCCUCCACCACCUGCUCCAGCAGCUGGGAUGCCAGCUCACCCUCCUCCACCUCCUCCGCCUCCUUUACCUGGUUGUCCUGCCCCACCUCCCCCACCUGGUGUGCCUCCUCCAUUUGGUGCCCCCCCUCCACCACCUCUAGGGUUUGGGGGUGGUCUAGGCUCCCCCACCCACCAUGUGCUGCCUUAUGGCCUCAGGCCUAAGAAGGAUUUCAAGCCUGAGACCUCCAUGAAGCGCCUCAACUGGUCCAAGAUUCGUCCCCAGGAAAUGUCUGAGAGCUGUUUCUGGGUGCGGGCUGAUGAAAACCAAUACGCUAAACCAGAACUACUCUGCAGAGUUGCUCUCACUUUUAGUUCACAAAGAACAGAAACCAAAGCCAAAAAGGAAGAGGAGGAUCUGGAGGAUAAGAAAUCCAUAAAGAAGAGAAUUAAAGAGCUCAAGGUGCUCGAUCCUAAGAUUGCACAAAAUCUAUCCAUCUUCUUGGGUUCCUUCCGUAUGCCUUAUCAGGAAAUCCGUCGGAUGAUAGUGGAGGUGGAUGAGGAGCAACUCAGUGAACCUAUGAUCCAGAACCUUGUGAAGCACCUACCAGAGCAGGAGCAGCUGAACGCCUUGGCCAAGUAUAAAAACGAGUACGCAAAUUUGUCAGAGCCUGAGCAGUUUGGGGUUGUGAUGAGCAGUGUGAAGCGGCUGCAUCCUCGUCUCAGCCACAUCCUCUUCCGGCUCCAGUUUGACGAGCAGGUAAACAACCUGCGUCCAGAUAUCCUGGCUGUAAACGCCGCUUGUGAUGAGGUCAGGAAGAGCCGAUCCUUUGGCCGCUUGCUGGAACUUGUGCUGCUGCUGGGGAAUUACAUGAAUGCAGGCUCUCGAAACGCCCAGUCAUAUGGCUUCGACCUCAGUUCCCUCUGCAAGCUAAAGGACACUAAGUCAGCGGACCAAAAGACCACAUUACUGCACUUCCUGGCGCAAGUGAGUGAGGAGGAAUUUCCAGAUGUGAUAACAUUUGUUGAAGACCUGGAGCAUGUGGACCGAUGUAGCAGAGUGUCUGCAGAGAAUCUGGAGAAGAGCCUCAGGCAGAUGGAGAGGCAGCUGCUGCAGCUGGAGAGAGACCUGGAGACUUUCUCCUCCCCAGAUGACCCCAACGACAUGUUCCUCACUAAAAUGGCAAGCUUCAGCAAGGUGGCCAGGGAGCAGUAUGGCAAGCUGGUGAUAAUGCACAGCAAUAUGGAGACGCUAUAUCAGAACAUGCUGGAGUACUUUGCCGUUGAUCCCAAGAAGACCUCUGUGGACGAGCUGUUUACUGAUCUCAGCAACUUCCGCGCCAUGUUUACCCAAGCACUGAAGGAAAACCUGAGGCAGAGGGAGUCUGAGGAGAAACAGAGGAGAGCACGGGUGGCAAAGGAGAAGGCUGAGCGUGAGAAGCAGGAGAGACAGCAGAAGAAGAGGAGGUUGCUGGAAGUCAAUGCAGAGAAUGAUGAGACAGGUGUGAUGGAUAGUUUGCUGGAAGCCCUACAGUCAGGAGCUGCAUUCAGAGACCGCAGGAAGAGAGCGCCCAGACCCAGAGAUAACCUGCAGAAGACGAUCAGCCCAAGCUCCUUCCGCCAGGUUCUCAGGCCUGUUAACCAUGAAAACAACAAGGCACCUUUACAAAGGUCUCGCUCUCGGCAGAAUAUAAAUUUAGGUUCAGCGGUGGCGAAAGCUCUCCCUGCCAAGGAGGCUCAUAACGAGUUCGAGGGCCAUCCAUCUGCAGCCCGGGCCAAGGCUGCGGCGGGUUCGGAGCCAGGCCGCAGGUACAGGAACACCCCGGGUCACAGCCAGUGGCUGAACAGAGAGAGGGUGUUUGAGAGAGAGAAGGUGAAGCCGACUGAGAAAGAGAUGGAGGUGGAGACAGAUCCUCCGGCCUUCCAGCCGUCCUCCACUGCUAAUGCCGUCAGUAGUUGUAGCACAAAUGGAGAGUCGGAUGUGGAGGCUCUCCUGGCCAAACUCAGGGCCUUGUGAGGUUCCUUUUCACGUUAUCUCUGAAAUGACACGCAUUUACAGCUGACAGUUUGUUUGUGCCCACACGUAUUAACACACACUGAAUGUGACCAAAAGAUUUUUGCUUCAACAAUUUUGUUAAACGAGCAGAAAAUGUAGUGAGUAAGUAAGAGCGUGAAAGGUUUAUGAGGCGUAAGGUAGCAGGACAAUUCAAUUCUAAUAUUAGCAUUAAAUAACCAAAAUAAAAAAUAAAGCGAUCCAUUUUUUAAAAGCUUCAUAGAAAAUGUAUACAAUUACCAAUAUAUUUGAGGACCAUGCUUUUAUCACUCCAUGGUACAGACAUCAAUCCUUUUCUAAAAGAAGACUCCGGCAGGUAGAUGGAUGUUCACUUUGGCCCACAGAUUGUCCUCAGAAGUCACCUUAUGAAAUGGAUAAUAUAUUUACAAAAGUUGUGAUUCAAUAGAAACACUUAAGCAUAUUUGUCAUAAAUUACAGUUCAAAAGAGAAGAUACAGCCUAAAUAGGAUCAGGAGUCUUGUAAAGUACACCGCCAAUAUAUUCCUAACAAUGGGGAUAUAAAGACACUUAUUCUCUGAAAGUAAAAUAUGCAAUAUAGCGAAGCACUUUCUUUUGUAAUCCAGAAGUAUGCAAUAUUACAUAAAGAUUAUAUCACAUUUCCUAUAAUGCUUCUAUAGCAUUUAUUUGACACCUCUAUCAUUACUCUUGUCCUUCCUGUAUUUUAGUUUUAAAUUACAAAUCAGUUACUUUCAUAUGCAUGUCACGAUUAAAAGGCUUUAAGCUUAUAUCUGCAUUUAUUAUUUUCGGUAAUUAGUUUUUUCUAUGUUUUUCCUUCUUUGAGUCUUUGUCUUUCCUGUGAUGUCUUUUAUAUUCAAAGCAUCUAAUUGUUUGUAUUUUCUAUAAUAAAAAAAAAAAGAUGUGCAUUCUAUAAAACUAUAAAUAUAUAUAUACAAACAAGAUCAAUGCAUACAAGUUAUGCCAUGUGAUCGUACUUUCACAGGUUAUAACAGUAAUUAGAUGUUAUUUGACAAGUUGAUUUUGGUUGUGCUAAACUGCUUUGUGUGUGUGUCAUUGAAAGUGAGAACAUUUGAAUGAGAAUAACUAAAGAAAGAGAUCUGAGAGAAUUAUUGUUCAAAAUGUGGCUCAAAAGAAAUGAGUUCAUCCACUCACCGUGUAACCAGAAUUGAUGCUGCUCUUUUUUCUCCUACAUUCCCACCUAAAUGUAUCUUAUUUUAAGAAUAUUCGUAUCUUUAUUUGCUCACUUUUAUAGACCCAUUUACAAUAAAAUGAAGAAAAA